UAUGAUUAACAUUUGAAAAUGAAAUGUAUUGAACAAACCGAUGAAGGAUAGCGCUGCAAAUAGGGUCUGCGCUUAGGGUUGGGGCCGGCGAUUCUCCAAAUCGCUCGGCGUUUUAUUUACGUAGCAGGGUUAGGCGAGAAGGCUUCUCCAAGAGCGCAAGGUUUCUCAACCAGGCUAUUGUGGAGCUCUGUUUUUGGAGAUUUUAGUGCUCCACGUUGGUUUACUUCACAAGAAAAGGCAGACGACGUACGGACGAAGGGCCAGAGAGGACAAUGACAGACAUGAACGCAUACGGAGAAAUUGGCAAACGCGUAUGGCAAAUUGGAGAUGGAGGAAGGAGAUAAAUUUCUACAUGUGGAGGCUAAGGCUUCAGGGAUCGAGGAGGCUGGUUGGGACAAUUACUUCUGAAAAGUCGGUAUGUUUUUCUUUCUUUUGGGAUACUAUGGCUACUGUGUGGAAACGUGUUAGAGGUGUUACUAUAAAUGAGAUAGGUGCAUGCAGAUAUAUGUUUCAGUUUUACAGUGAGAGUGAUAUGAAACGUGUUUUGGAUGAAGGACCAUGGACUUUUGAUCAGAAUCUCAUUGUUCUUGCUAAGUUAAAGCAAGGAGAUCUGCCGUUGAAGGUUCCGCUGAAUAGGGCUGACUUCUGGCUACAGGUUCAUCAUGAUGUACCAAUGGGAUAUUUUUCUGUGAAAAAUGCUAUAAAAAUUUGGAAUUUUGUGGGAAGUUUUAUCAAGGUGGAUGAGUAUAAUUUCUCUCUUGAAUGGAACCCUUACAUGAGGUUAAGGGUUAGUAUUGAUUUGAACAUGCCUCUGAAAAGGAAAUUGUUUCUUCAAUCGAAUGAAAGGGAAAAUUUUUGUGUAAAAUUUAGGUAUGAAAAAUUGUCUAGUUUAUGUUUUGCAUGUGGAAUUAUCGGCCAAUCAUGCAGAAAGGUUUUGCCCGCAUUAUCCCGAUGGCAAUGGCAGGAGUGGAGGGUUUUUGUUUGGACCCGAGCUGAGAGCUUCUAAAGGUAACACAGCUAUAAGGGGUAACAAAUGGCUCGUCCCAGUUGGUAAAGGGAAGGGGAAAGAAGAAGAGGGGGGAAUAGGGAUGGUAAGCUUGGAGGCACAAGAAAGGCCGCAACAGAGGAAAGAUCAUACUCAUAUAGGAGAUAAGGUGGAACUGGAGCGUAGGCGGGUGGAUCGUGGGGAACAGAAGGCAUCGCAGGAGGAUAUGGAAGUAGAGACGGGCACACCAAAAAACGGGGAGGAGGCGGGCUACGACGCCCGCCUGUCAGGCAAAUAAGAGAUGCAUUGGAGGAAGCAGAAAGGAUGGAAGCUUUCAAAGUCCAUCACGUGGAUGUUUACUUUUGCUGUUAUUUUUCUUUUCGUCAGGAUUCAAUUUUCGAUUUUUUCAUUUAUCAUUACUUACAAUAAGGGUGUGGGUUUUGUGGGUCGUUGUGUUUUGAUUAGGUUUCUUCUUGGUGGAGACAAUCAGGCUGUCACAACCGCUAAUAGCCUCUUUUCUCUCACCGUUUUCAGCGAUUAGUCCCGCUCUUCAUGGGUUGGACUAUUUUAUGUCUGAACAUGCUUGAGAGGGGCGAUGGGCUUUUGGUAUUGUUGGGUUAGCGAGAGAAUUGGGUCUUGGGGUUUGAAUGAUGUAUUGCUCGUUUGAUUCUAAUAUAAGCUUUUUCCUUUCGAAAAAAAAUUACUCCGUAUGAUUUACACAUUUGAUAAAAAUGAUAUUUUUC